CUACAGUAUACACUUACUAUAUAAAGAAGUGAUAAACAAGUGUCAAAAUCUGGUUUAUGGUAAAUUAUCAUGACUUCCAAACUGAAUACGAAGAUCUUGUGCUCUGCUGCCCAGGCCCGGUGUAAACCCUGUCCGUACAAAUCAGGAGUUGGGGAAUCCUCCCACUCGUACUGCCCCGCUUUCCAGUACUGCUGUGGCGACACAUGUUGUGAAUUCUACAAGCAGUGGUUCUUUUGGUUAAUAUGCAUUCUCGUUCUGAUUAUCGCACUUGUGGUCCUAUAUAAGCGGAUGCAUCACAGGUCGGCUCCGGAUCAAAGAUAUACACAGCUGACAGGGAACAGCGUGACGUCGCCUCCCUCGGUUAUUGUCCCUGAAUUCGUAGUCACAGCCCCACCCCCCUACAUGGGCGACAACACAGGAUGCCCCCAUCUGGGGCCCCCACCAUACUGUCUGGGAUCAGAAAAUUCUAUCAACUCACAGCCACUAUUUCCACCACCAUACUGUGAAGUAGAAAAAACAGCCACGUCCUAGCUUUAGCAGCACUAUUGCAAGUGUUGUUGUUGACAGUGAUGGUGCCAUCGGUAGACCGAGUGAAAACAUAACGACCGAAAUGAUGAUAAGUCUGCGAGCAUCAACAACCACAGAGCUACAGAUGCAGUAACAACAUCUUCAACAACAAUAACUACUACAACUAAUGCUACACUACGUGCUGAAAUAACAACAGAGGCAUAGUGUUAAUGAAAAUAACUUACCGACAGAAAUUGACAAAGAAUAUUUAUAUAUUUCUAAUAGCUUAUGAUUUUGACCAACACUUUUAUAGGUUUUAAUAAACCUGUUAGCAGACGAGACCCACAUCUCGAAACAUUCUUUCAUUUAAAUUGUUUAAUGUUGUAUUUGAUAUCAGGAUAUUAAGCCAUAAUAUAAUUUUAUAUGUUCA